AAACCGAAGCUAUUAAGCAUCCCUUGGUUCAUAGUCUUAACUCUUGAAUUGCGCAGACCUAGCUUUGUUUGAAGCCCGAUAGACAGCUUCAUGGGUUCCCUUAGCUUGAGCCUUUCAACCGUCAGCAAUGGCACCGCCACGCCAAGGUCUCCACCUUCCCUUGGAAAGAUGGUUACAGUGCUAAGCAUAGAUGGCGGGGGUGUGAGAGGCAUCAUCUCAGGAACUAUCCUUGCCUUCCUCGAAUCCAAGCUUCAGGAGCUGGAUGGAGAGGAUGUGAGACUUGCGGAUUACUUUGACGUUAUUGCUGGAACAAGCACUGGUGGGUUGGUGACCGCCAUGCUCGCCGCUCCAGAUGAGAAUAAUCGUCCACUCUUCGCGGCGAAGGAAGUCAAUGACUUCUACCUUCAAAAUUGUCCAAAGAUUUUUCCUAAGAGUGGCAAUGGAAUUUUAGGAUCAGCGAAGAGCUUAUUAGCUAGCAUCACGGGCCCAAAAUACGACGGCAAGUAUCUACACUCCAAAGUAGAGCAAUUGCUUGGUGGGACUAGACUUUAUCAGACUUUAACAAAUGUAGUUAUUCCCACUUUUGACAUCAAGCUUCUCCAGCCUACCAUCUUCUCCACCUUUGAGGCUAAGAAGGAAGCUUCAAAGGAUGCUCUUCUGUCAGAUAUAUGCAUAAGUACUUCUGCAGCCCCGACAUAUCUUCCCGCACAUUAUUUUCAAACCAAAGACGUCGACGGGAAGUCCCGAAGCUUUAAUCUCAUUGAUGGAGGGGUUGCGGCAAAUAAUCCAGUAAACAUUAUUGGCACGAAAGAAAUUUUCCUACAAAAUGCUGACUUCUUGCCAAUCAAGCCAGUAGACUAUGGAAAAUUUCUGGUUCUCUCGUUGGAGACUGGAUCAGCCAAGCAAGAAGAGAAAUUGAAUGCAUCCAAGGCAUCCAAGUGGUGGGGCGUCCUUGGAUGGCUAUACAACAAUGGCACGACACCAUUGAUUGAUAGUUUUAGUCAAGCUAGUUCUGAUAUGGUGGACAUCCUUGCCUCUGUCGUAUUCCAAGCAUUGCAUUGCGAGGGCAACUAUCUUCGAAUACAGGAUGAUACUUUGAUGGGUGACACAUCAUCUGUAGAUGUAUCUUCCAAAGAGAAUUUAAUGAAGCUCGUUCAAAUUGGCAAACAACUGCUCAAAAAACCAGUAUCGAGGGUUUACUUAGACUCUGGAGUGUAUGAAGCAGUCCAAAUGGCAGGAACAAAUGAAGAAGAACUGACUCGUUUUGCCAAGAUGCUUUCCGAUGAAAGAGGACUCAGACUUGGAAAGAUGCAUUUGAAUUGAUAGCAUCGGCAUGGUGCCAAACAAGAGA